AUAUAAUACCCUUUCCCUUAUCUCUUUCGUCUCGGCAGAUUUUAAGCCUCAGCAGAGCAGAAAAAUAGAAAUAAAAAUAAUAAAAGGAAGGGAUUUUUUUUAAAUUUUUAAAUUAAGAAAAAUUUCUAGAAAAAAAAAAAAUCCUUCCUUUUUUCCUUUGAUUUCCCCUUAUGAGAUCGUAAAAUAUUCGAGAAUCCCUUUUUUUUUUCCUGUAAAAUUUAUAUAUCUAAUUAUCGCUUUGUCUUUGAUUUUAUUUGGGGUUGUUUUGAGUUAAUUAAUAUGGGGAGUGAAGUUUUACGACCUCAGGAUUGUUUGAUCGAACGGAUUCGGUUACCUCCGACGGCGUGUCCUCGCCGGAGAUACGGAAACGGUAGCUUUAAUCCUAGUUAUUAUCAUAACUACAACAAUAACAAUGGAAAUGGUAGAUCUAACAGGAAACCCGUUCAGAGGAAGCGGAUCGGAUCGGAGCAGGGGAUUUCGAAGAAAUACAGCUCCGCCGAUGACUUGAAGACGGUGAGGAACAAUGUUAUGGUGGAGAAGGUUACGAUUAUGAGACGAGGUGAGUCGUUGGAUUCGAAGAUCAAGAUCGACAACGGCGGUGGUGGAAGGGAAGGGGGUUUGGUUGUUAUGGGUACGGAUCGUUUGGGUCCGGAUCCGGAAAUGGUCCCUAAACAGAUCAAAAUCGUGGAUGCUAAGUCUUCGGUGACCGUAAAAUCCGACGUGUAUGCCGGAUCGGCUUUCUCCGUUUCUCCGGCACCGAGCUCACUUCCUUUACCUACUUUCUCGAAGAAGAAACAGGUUCCGGUCGAUGAUUCAGCUACAAGGGAUCUCAGGCGUUUGCUACGGCUUGAUCUCUGAGACCCGAAAAUUUAGAUUUGGAUCCAAAUAAGCCUUCGUCUCUUUUUAUCUCCAUCUCUCUCUUGAUACGUUUCGUCUCUAUUUAGAUAUCUCCGGAAUUUUCAAGAUCCGAUGCCCUCCGUGAUAUUUUUUGAAGACGGUGGACGGAUUUGAAAAUAUUGAAAAUUUUAGGGGCGAUUAGAUAAUAUUCCCUGCUUAUCAGUUUAUGCGUUAAACAAGUGGGGUUUCUUUAAGGAAAAAAGAAAAAUCAAGGGGGUUGAUAUGUAAUAUUAGGGGAAUAGUGGGCGAGGGUUGAGUUUUAAAAUGUUGAGAUGGGAAAAUGCUUUUCUGCUCCGUUGUGAAAAAAGUUUGUAAGAGAUUUGCAAUUUAGUCCCUUCGAUGUAAAGUAAAGAUAAAAUUAGGGAGAAAUUUGAGCAGAUUUCUAUUAUUAUUACUAGAA